AUGAACGCUUCGACUUCGGGCGGGAAUUCCGCCUUCCGCAACCACAACAACGACUUUGCUCAUAUCGAAGACCCCGUUGAGCGCCGUCGGCUGGCUUUGGCUGAGAUUGACAAUGCGAAAUUCGGCUGGUAUCAUGUGCGGGCCGUCGUCGUGGCUGGUGUGGGUUUCUUCACGGAUUCCUACGACAUCUUCGCUAUCAACUUGGCCUCUGCCAUGUUGGGCAUUGUCUUCUGGCAGGAUGCUGCUGGCAAGAAUGCGGGGAAAAUCCCCUCUUCGGCGGAUACUGCGAUCAAAGUCUCGACGUCUGGUGGUACCGUGAUUGGACAACUGCUCUUCGGCUGGCUGGCCGAUCGUAUUGGCCGUAAGCGCAUGUACGGCAUUGAGUUGAUCAUCAUCAUCUUCGCAACCCUCGCCCAGGCUCUCUCCUCUGAUUCUCGUGCCGUCUCCAUUGUCGGGCUUCUCAUCUUUUGGCGUGUCAUCAUGGGAAUCGGUAUUGGCGGAGAUUACCCUCUGUCUUCAAUCAUUACCUCAGAGUUCGCGACGACCAAGUGGCGCGGAGCCAUGAUGGGUUCUGUCUUUGCCAUGCAGGGCUUUGGUCAGUUUGCAGCUGCGAUUGUCUCCCUGAUCGUAACAUCUGGCUUCAAAGAGUCCUUGGAGACUGCCUCUAGCGUUGGCAAGUGUUCCGGGGUCUGUCAGCUUGCUGUUGAUAAGAUGUGGCGUGUGGUUAUUGGCUUUGGUGCUGUUCCUGCUUGCAUUGCCCUCUACUACCGUCUCACCAUCCCCGAGACACCACGCUAUACCUUCGAUGUCGCCCGGGAUAUUGUUAAGGCUGAUGAGGACGUCCGUGCCUACAUUGCCGGCAAGCGGGAGGGCCACCCGGACGAGGUCAACCGUGCCGCUGUCAUUCAGAACCACACUGCCGACGUGGUAGCUCCCAAGGCGAGCUGGUCUGAUUUUGUUCAUCACUACACCCAGUGGAAGAAUGGUCGCAUUCUCCUCGGAACCGCUGGCUCGUGGUUCUUCCUGGAUGUUGCCUUCUACGGCCUUGGCCUGAAUAACUCGAUCAUUCUUGGUGCUAUUGGCUGGACUGGGGGCAAGAAUGUCUACGAGAUCCUUCGUCGUAGCGCCGUUGGGAACCUCAUUCUGAUCUGCGCCGGUGCUAUUCCUGGCUACUGGGUGACAGUCGCGACAGUCGACACCAUUGGACGCAAAACUAUUCAGCUGAUGGGCUUCGUGAUUCUAACCAUCGUCUUCAUUGUGAUUGGGUUUGCCUACGACCCUCUGCUCAAGUCCAACAACGGUCUUCUGGGACUGUACGUCAUUGCCCAGUUCUUCUUCAACUUUGGCCCCAACGCGACUACCUUCAUUGUUCCCGGAGAGUGCUUCCCAACACGUUACCGUUCUACCUCGCACGGUAUCUCUGCUGCCUCUGGUAAGGUCGGAGCCAUCAUUGCUCAGUGUGUCUUCGGCCCCCUGGUACACCGCGGAGCCCCUGCUGGCUCCUCCGCGACCCCUUGGCUCAAACACGUGAUGCAAAUCUUCGCUCUCUUCAUGCUCUGCGGUUGCUUCACCACCUUGCUUAUCCCAGAGACCAAGCGUAAGACCUUGGAGCAGCUCUCUGGCGAGGACGCGGAUACCCUUGUCAACCCGUCUCCUAUGAUUCACCCCGAGAAGAACGUUGGUGCGCAUACAGCAGAGGAGUCGUCACCUGUCUAG